AUGGAAGAAGUGAGGAAGACCCCCAUCCAGAUGCAGAGCCCUAUCAAGACUGAAUGGAAUUCCCGCUGUGUCCUUUUCACCUAUUUCCAAGGGGACAUUAGCAGCGUCGUGGACGAGCACUUCUCCAGAGCUCUGGGCAAUGUCAAGAGCCCCCAGGGACUCAGCCCUUCCAGCCAGAGCAGAGAUGUGAUCCUGAGGAAUGAUAGUGGCAUGCCUCCAAAUCAGUGGCGUUUCUCUUCUCAGUGGACAAAGCCACAGCCGGAAGUAUCUUUUGCAAAUGGUGCCGCCAGCUGCAGUUUGAGUGGAUCUGGUCCUGUGGCUAUGGAUCUGUAUCCAGUGUCCCUGACCGGGAGCCCUUCCUUUCAGCCUGGCGAGCUGAGGCAUUUCUCCUCCCUCGCCAGCUCCAGCUUCCCAGAGCCUGGCUACCCUCAUGCCUUUUCCACUGGGCACUUGGUUCCAGAGCCCCAGCCUGAUGGGAAGUAUGAGCCCCUCCUAAGUCUCCAGCCAGAGAGAUGCCCAAUCCAUCCUCAGGAAUCUGCCUCGUGGGAAGAUGGCAACUCUGCCCAGACGGCCGGAAGCAAGGGAUUGCUCUUCAACCUGCCUUCCGGCUCAGCCCACUUUAAGAAAAUCUAUUUCCCCUCUGAUGGUGGACCUGCCAGUGCCAGCCUUGCAGUUGAAAAAAGCCAGUCUCCAGAGAGAAGAAAAGAUCUGUUCUUUUACUGA